AUGAGAGUGGUGUGUACGAUUCUUUUCAUCGCCGUGGUAGCCUGCAGUGCUGCUCCUGGUGCUGGUACGGACGACGAUGGAAAGAUAGAGUUGUUUUCUGGUGUAGCCAUUGAAAGGGACGCUAAAGGAGAAGAAAAACUGAACGUCAAAUUCGAACCGGGUGAGCUACGGGAGGCUGCCAGAACUUUUGAAGAAGCACGGGGAAAGAUCAAGAAAUACACGCCUCUGCUAACCGGUAUAGGAGUGAAGGUAAUCGCCGUGCUGGGUCUCCUCUUCGGAGCUCUCACUCUACUUGUCACAAAAGCAUUGGUGGUGGCCAAGCUGGCGUUCUUAGCAGCCGCAGCGCUAGGUCUUCAUAAGAUUCUGAGUGGAGGAGGACUUAAUAAUAUCAGUGGCAAGAUCGCCAGCUUCCAGUCGACGCCACAGCAAUGGUCAUCACCAACUGCGUCAGCUGCAUCAUACCCUUACGCUAGGUCUGCCAGUUAUGCCCAAGAUGCAAACGAUCUAGCGUAUAAAGCACAAAUUACUUCAUAA